UUUAGAAGCUUUUUGUGGUGUGCACGAUAAGUAUCACUCCAUUGAAUGUUGGUCAAUAUUCAGUAAAUUAAAUGAUCAUAAAAGCAUUUUAAGUUCAAAGAACAAAUAAGUGAAAGAGAAAUUAAUUGAAGUCGUAUCAAAUACUUCAAUAGCACAAAACGAAAUUGACGUUAACGACAGAGUUGGAGAAAACUUGAGAUUGAGUAAAAGAAGAAAAGAUCUCGAUUACAUCAUCACAAAUAUUUAAAGAAAAUAAACUUGAAGAUAAAUUAAUUUGCUAAUAUUCUGAGAUUUCUGAAUCCAACCUUGAAAACAUGGCGUUGUCAUCAAGUGGGAAUUGUAUGAAGUACUUUUUGUUCCUACUGAACUUUGUUUUUGUGAUUACUGGAAUUGUCAUUUUGUCAGUUGGCUUGACAGUUCAAGGGAUUUUCGAUGGUUAUUCUGACUUUCUCGACUCGCAAUUUUUCACGCUUCCAAUAUUUCUCAUCGUUAUUGGAUCCAUCAUUUUUGUGAUAGCAUUCUUUGGGUGUUUUGGAGCGAUGAAAGAAAAUUAUUGUAUGAUUAUCACAUUCUGCGGACUUUUGAGCAUCAUUUUUAUUCUUGAACUCUCUGCUGGUAUCACUGGUUAUAUUCUCAAAAACUCAACAUAUUCUCUAAUAACAUCGGCUUUAAAACCAACUAUGGCUGAUUAUACGAGCAACAGUCGCAUAGCAAACGGCUGGGAUAAUAUACAAGAAACUUACCAAUGUUGCGGAUUAGAAACCAGCGCAAAUCGAAGUGGUUAUGAAGAUUGGAUUGAUGCUGUUCAAGGAAUUCCUUUAAGCUGUUGUGACAUUCCCAACGGACAUCUUGAUUUCUUCUAUUGCAAUGCUACAGCGGAAACUUUGCAUCCUCAAGGAUGUGUGCAGUCAUUUGGUGACUUUAUUAAGUUUCACGCUUUACAAUUAGCACUUGUUGGUGUUAUUCUUGCCAUCAUUCAACUAUUUGGUUUACUUUUUGCAUGUCUUAUUGCGAGACAAAUUAAGAAGCGAAGAAACUUUUAAAUUUUAAAUUUUCGAUAGUAGUUAUUCAAACUCUUUGUUAUGAUAGUUUCCUGAAUGAUACCUAAGUAAUUUGUUCACUAUUUCACAAAAUUUAAGCCGUUUUAGUUGAGUUAUUAAAUCUAUUUCUGAAAUUAAUGAUA